UCGGCCUCAAAAUAGCUGACCUAAGUGCGCAAACUUUCGUCGAGAAUUAAUGGAUCUGCCCAUAUAUAUACUAACUUACUCGUACGCUCAUUUUAACUAUACAAGAGUCUUUUGGCAUGGAACGCAACAACAAAAAUUGUAAUUCACAUUACGUCGAAAUAAAUAGAAUAUUAGAAAAAUUGAAACAGAACAGCAUUUUUGACGGGCAUUUCAUGGUAUUUGCUGUAUGUGUGCAUGCAUUACUUCAGCAUAAUUAUAAAAUCCCAUCAUGCCUUGAACAAGUUCACAAAACAAAAUUUCUUAUUGCCAUGGGCACAAAACAAAUUAAUUGACACUAACAACAAAAAUGCCGUCAAAAGUAGAAAAAUUUUCGUGCUGUUUGCUCCAAAUUUUCAGUUGUUAAAUCGAUUUUAAAUAAAGUAAAAUCUGUGAAUUUGUACAGUGCUCUUGUUAUUCUAUACCAUGGGAAUAACCAAAGAAGAGUAUUACUCAAAAUCUGCGCGGAAUGGGUUAAUCCCAACUCAACCCCAUAAAGACGCUUCAACGUACGUCAAAUUGCAGACAUUUGAUAGAGAACAAUCUGAUUUCGACGGAUAUUUUGCAUUCACACACAAGGACUCCACAACGAACACAGCCAAUGAAGAUUUCCUAACUGAAUCUAAGAGUGUUGCUACGGAUGAGUACAAUAUAGGUCCCAUAACCCCAUUAUCAAAUGAUAGCGAAUCCAUGCAAUUAGUUGAAAAUAUAUGCAGCAAUGACAAUGUACAAAAACUAAACUUAAGCACAGGCAGUAGUGACACCAUGACUGAAAGCGGCAGUGAGUCGGGCUCACCAACAAGACGACCUGUUUGGUGCGGAGGAAAACGUAAUCGUCUCUCGCGAAACAAAGGUCCGACCGCUUCCAGGGGCAGGCUUAAUCUUCAUUAUGAUUUACUUCUGGCAUUGAGGACUGAGGUGACCCACUUGACAAAGCACCUCCUUGCCACAAGAAACAGACGUUCUUCGACGGAUAUAUGCACCGCGGUAUUCGUUGACUUAGAUGCAAUAUCCGAUGUUGUUCAGGGAUUCCUAGAUUACAAAAGUAAUACCAGCUUAAUGACCAAAUCGAUGCUAGAGACGGAUAAUCCACACAGCGAUGUUAAGCUACAACCAUCGAAUAAAAAGAAACGGAAAAGAACUAGUGCUUCUGCGAAUGAAAUUGGAAAUUUUAGACAAUUUAGGAAAAACCGUAAAGAAGUCACUAAACUGGCAACACGUUCAAAAAAAAUUAGUAGUGGCCCUAAUAAAUCUCCAAAACUCAAAAUAAGAUCAAAAACAAUGAAAUUAGAACCUCUGGUUGCGGAUACAAUUGAAGUAGAAAUAUGUCAACACACAACUCUUAUACCCCUGCAUAUUCCGAAACAGCUGCAAACUUCACAACGUACGUACCCAAUAAUCUACAUCCAUUGGACCUGGAAUGUAUCCCUUGUUCGGUUUCUGAAGAGUCUACAUUUUCUGUGAUCAAGAUCAAAAUCAGCAGUAUUGGCACGUUUACGAAAUGCGUAAUUAUAAGCGGGUCAUGCCGCCAAAUCGGUCCGGUGGUCAAAAUACCCGUGAAGGUUGUAGGCAACACAUCGUAGAUACUACUCUUGAUUCAUUCGUAAUACCAUGCUCAGAAUUGGGCAGUUGUUCCCAGGACUGCAUUAAAGCAACUUCAGCGCAAAUACGGGAGAUUGAGCCUCUAACGACUCAAUCGGACAUCACUGUUGAUCUCAUAGACUCUAACCUAAGUGAUCGUGCCUCGUUAGUUUCUGACACUAUGGGAAGAAUUGAAAUUGCAAUAGUACCGAUCAUCUGGAUGAUCUAUCUGAAGAAGCUAAAACGAUGCUGCUUAAGAAACGUAAAUGUUCAUUCUACAGUCCAAAACCAGUCAAAAGCCGGGAGAUAUGUGGUUUAUCAGUACAGAGUGACGUUGAAGAUUAUUCAAACAGAUUUCUUCCACGCCCAAGCGAGCAAAGUUCAAAUCAUGAGUGGGAAGACGAAUCACCGUCAAGUUUUUCGAAUUUGAGUAAUAUGCCACCUUCAAGCGAAUCAAUAACAAAUGAUAAUAGUGACGAUACGUCGUCACCUAGUUCAGAAGAAAACUCAACAGAAUAUACAAUAGAACAAAAAGAGCUUCCAUGCAUUUUAGGGGAAUGAGAGAUGUCAUUCAUAAUUCAAGCAAUCGUGAUGUUAAAACCGAAAUCCGUUCCAGUCCUACAGUGAAUUACCUAGCAUCUCUUCGAGUAAUCUAUGUAACAAAGACAGUUUGAUUCAAAUAGCUGGAUUGAAUAAAACGACAAAACAGCAACAUCAAAAACACCAAACAAUGUCCAGUUCCCUGAGUAUCGGAAGUAGAAAGCGAAAGUACACUGAAGAUAAAUUUGAGUCCCGGUUAAGAGAAACUAAAUAUGUGUACCAAGAUAUGGACAAAUGUGGUUCUACAAAUUAUAUGGAUUUUCUUAACAGGUUUAUGAAAAGUAUCAACCUAAAUCAGGAUAGUGAAAAGGAAAUCUUAAUAGAAACAUACAUUCCUAUUACAGUCCUACCUACCGAAAAUCUAGAACAAUCAAACAGAGAAGAAAAAGCCAAAAAAAAGCAACCAGGUCAAAUGUAUCAAAGAAAAAUGUGAGACCACGUACUAAACAUGAAGCUUCAGGAAUAAUCCAAAACAGCAAGAUACAAACCCACCGCAAACUUUUACAGGUUUGCGUCCAAUCGGAAAAACUAAAAAUUCGAAACAUCUUCAAAGAAAACUCCUAUGCCGUUGCCCGAUAAUAAGGUAAGAAACCCGGAAUAUCAUCGGCCCUCAGGUUAUUACUCGAAACCAAAUGAAAAAGCAUCGCAAAACCAAAUUCAAAUGCCGUGUAUGCAGCUGACAAAAGUAAGAAAGUUACUAAACCUCAGAACAAAAAUCAGAAAGAUUAGCACCAAAUCUUAAAAAGGUAAUGAUUCCAGUCCAGCGAGUUUAAAACAUUCCUGUAACCACAAGAAAGAUAAAAAGCAGACCUCAGCUGCACAUGACAACGCUUAUCAGCACCCUCCCAUAAAACACUAUAGGAUUGAAACAUCGAAUGCUUUAAAUCCUCUAAGAAACACGACUAAGCAAGAUGAAAUUCCCCGAACUUCCAAAAAGUCUUCAGGAAAACAAUCACGAGAUUUAUCUUCCACUAUAAAGAAUCCUCCAAAAAAGUUAUAAAUUUUGAUGGAGAUACUGAAACGAAAAUUAUUCAUAGGACUAAACGACAAAGUGAUAAAACACAAAAAUUGCGAAAGAGUUGUAAGAAAAAUAAAAUAUCGAAAAAUGCAAAACUAACAGUUGCAAGUUCAUUAAGUAAUGUAUCGAUGGAAAAUACAUCAGUUUUAAGUGCAGUAAGUGGAGGAGAGCUUAAAUGUAACAUUUCAAAGAAAGAAUGUUAUCAUGGCAUAAAGAAGAAACGCGUAUCACUCUCUAAGCGUAAGAAAUAUAUUCUUAGUAGAGGUAGAAAAACCCGUAGCCAAGCAGACACAACCCCUCGCAGAUCCAAGUUACGUCAAAAUCAUGUAAAACCAACUCAAGAAACUUAAAACGUACCUGUAAGGCCUCCCUGAAAACACGGAAAAAGAAUAGUCGUAACAUUAUGAAACCAAGGAGGCGAAUUGCCCGAACAAGGUCUUUGGAUUUUAUUACCGAAGCAGAGGAGCUAAUAUCUGCAAUGUCAGCUUUAGAAUCAUACGCCCAACAAAGAGAUUAUGCAUACGCAUUUUCUGAUUCCACCGAAUAUAUCCACCAGUACCGACCUGGUUUCGGCGAAAUUGAUUUCGUAACUAAUCCUGACGAGAGUUGGGACGACCUGACAACUGAUGACGAGUGUCAUAUUCAAUAGCUGCUUUUGUACUUUCAUAUGAUUCCCGUGCCAAUCUACUGGUUGCCAUUAUAUUUACUAUAGCAUUGAAAUAUCUACUGUUACUGCUACGGAGACAAUCAUUUUGCUCUAGAAUCAAAUAGUCAAAUAUCACCUUUCAUAUAUUCAAAAUUCAGAGUAACAAAAUUAAAAAUAAUUUAGACAAUCGAACCAUGCGAAUUAAUAAAUUUAAAAUAAACCUUUUACUCUGCAAUAAAACAACCAAACAUUUCAA